UGAUUAUCGUCAAAAGAUAGUUAACCGGUCCUCACCCUUGAACUUUACAUUUUUGUAAAUUCUCUCCCGGAAAACAACCCCGCCGCGCUAAGAAGUCUGCAUUUCCUGCACUGUCUCCAGCUGACACGUUUAACGGGAACAAAGUGGGAUCAUACUGAAGUCCAUGUGUAAAGGAAUUCUCUCUCCUUGCAAAUGAAAUUCCUGCCCCACCAUCGCAAUACAGAAGUUAAGUUUUAAUUUGAGUCCAGCAGUGAGCAAGUCGUUUCCUUGCUGACCAGAAAAUCCUGGCCAUUAAACAACCACCCUAGGAUGGGUGGCAAAGAUCCCAGGCACAAUGUGAAGAGGGCGAUUCUUGCUUUUGCGAAACGUUUCCAAGUGAGGGAUCAUUGGAUCCCGGUGCGGAAUUGCAAUAUUGCCUCCUGCACUCUAAAUAUCAAUAUAGCAAAACAGCAAGAAUAUCAGAAUUCUGUGCCUGCCUCAAGUGGAACCCAGCAGUCUCCUAUUGACAUAAACACUGCUGACAGUGUGUACGAUCCGCAACUGAAACCCUUAAAGAUCUCGUAUGACCCACGUAAUUGUCUUCGACUUAGGAACAAUGGCUAUUUUUUCCAGGUGGAAUUUGAAGAUUCCAAGGACAGCUCGGUUAUUAGCAGUGGACCAUUGAAGAACCAUUACCGAUUGAAGCAAUUUCAUUUCCACUGGGGUUCAAAAAGUGAUCGUGGAUCAGAGCAUACUGUCAACAAUCAGGUGUACCCUGCAGAGCUUCAUUUAGUUCACUGGAAUCCAGUAAAAUGCAAAAACAGUGAUGAAGCCAUUCUAUCUGAAAAUGGCCUUGCAGUUGUAGGAGUAUUUCUGAAGCUUGGAAAAAGACAUAAUAGUCUACAGAAACUUGUCGAUGCAUUGCCAGCUGUUAAACAUAAGGACGCAGCAGUUGAUUUCUUUAACUUUGAUCCCACCUGCAUGAUUCCACCCUGUUCUGAUUACUGGACAUACCCUGGUUCUCUGACUGCGCCACCUCUAACUGAAUGUGUCACCUGGAUUAUUAUGAAGGACCCCAUCGAAGUUAGUAUUGAACAGCUGGCUAUGUUUCGCAGUUUGUUUUACACAUCUAUUGGGGAAAAGCAAAAGAAUAUGGUGGACAACUAUCGACCAGUGCAGCCUUUACUGAAACGGACCGUAUAUUCAACGAUCCCAUCAUUCCGCAACAGUGUUUCCCAAAAGAAUGUAUACACCUGAAUUUGGAAAACUGUUCAAGAGAACAUACCUAAAAGCCUUACUUAAAUUUUAAGGAUACUAAAUUACUUUUCUUUUAUGUUUGGGUAAACUGGAAAAAGAAAUCACCUAAUUUUUACACUUAAAUGCAGAAACUUCCACAGUCCUUUAAAAACCAGAGAUGGUUCAGUAGAUAUUUUUAGGGGUACUUUUUAUCAUUCAGUAUAGUUAGAAUUUAUACAGUAAUUGGGGUAUGUAUUUCUUACACAGCAUAGUUAAAAUUGAUACCAUUAUUAGGUGCUUUUUAUCAUUCAAUAAGCAUAAACAAUGUAUGUUUAUGUAAAGAACACUAAAUUAAACCACUUUGAUUGUUUGCUUAUCAUUGAAAGGUAGUAAACAAUAUAUUUUCUGGAACACUUAAGAUUUAUUACAAUGAUUGCUGAUUUUCAUUCUCAAAUAUUUGAUGGCAGAUAGUAUAUGUAAAUUUAUUAUGGUUAUUACUGACUAUUGAACCAUGUCAUACCUUGUAAAAACAUGACCAAAAUGGAGUAAAAUAGUUGGUAGUUAAAAUAAUAAAUACACAGUGGGUGAUGUCUUGGUGCUACACACUACUAUGCAACCAGGCAACAGUCUGAAUAAUAAUGAUCUAAUCAAAGUGUUCUUGCCUGAUCUUGUUUAUAUUUUGCAACAGGGUAAGUGCCUGAUCUCAGCUGUGCAAAUAUAGAGGGAUGAUGGCAAACGAAUACAUCAUUAACACUUUUAUGUAGCUUCUGGUCGCCAUCUCAGAAGCUAUAUUGACUGUUCUGCAGGACUAGGAAAAUUGAAAGAUGAGGCAGAAAACAAUUUCUGCAUCCUUAAUAAAGCUCUGAGGUAUUUAUUCACAUGCAGAAUAAUGUUUUAGUUUGAGUUGGUGCAGAAGUGUGAUGUUGAAGGUAUCUCAUAUGUUAAGAUGUGGUUUCAUACUGGAGAAUCUUUGUAAUGCAACAGUAAAUGCAUUUUUUGUUCACCUGCAGAACACUUUACACAGCAACAUAGGAAUUGUUAAGCUAAUAGAAGUCAAGUCCGUCUAGUUCAUUAUCUGCCAGCUUGGCGGAUACAUAAUACUAUAAUAUUGGAGUUGUUGACUAAUUAUCAUAAUUAAAUUAUCAAUUAUUCUGCAAUAAACCCAGUACGACAGAAGGAAAAUCCCAGUGAUCAAGAGCUUUUGGAACUACAGGUCCUAAAGUCACCGUAUUCCUCCCAAGCAUUCUAGACAUGCGAUAUGUUAUGUUUAAAAUUAUUUGUACAUUGUAUACCCCAAAUGUUAUUUUCUGAAAGAAUUUUUUCUAAUUUGCAUUUGAAAGGAUUAACACUACCUCCUCCCACCAUCUCCCUAGGGAGACUGUACCAUAGAUUAGCAUUGCAUCACUGGGCAGUUAUUGCUGUGUUAAAUCAAGAACAAAAUUAGAGACAGCAAAGGGAAUGCACUUAAUGUAUUAAAAGAUAGGACAAAUUGACAUCAAAAUCAGUGCUGCAUUAAAUAGGAAUAAUAGAUUUGAGCCUGUAUUUUCCCACAUGUUUGAUUAUAACUACAAUGCAUAGAGAAAGUGAUCCGUGUCAUUCUCAUGGAUCUCCCAAUGGAAUUCAUGUAGGCACAGGAAGAUAAUCUGAAAUAGAAGAAAUAAAAUACUGAAAUUUAGCAGCAAGAACAAAUAUAUUCACAUUUUUGGUUAAACCCAUUUUUUAGAUUAACAAAUCCAAACUAAAAUCUGAAACUUUUACUCAUUGGAUGCUGAUCAACUUGCUGUGCAUUUCCUGUAUUUCUACUGUUACUUCACAUUUCAGGCACUUUAUGGUUUUUCUUUUUAAUUCACAUCUAUUGACUGUGCAGUUCCUAACAUUAACAGAAAUGUACAAAAUCUAUUUUUGAGACAGGUUUAAUUAAUCAGCAUUUAAAAAUUAUUUUAGAUAAUUGUUGCCUAAGUUUCAACCAGCUCCUUAAAACUCUGAAGAAGAGUCAUAUGGACUUGAAACAUCGACUUUGUUUCUCUCUCUACAGAUGCUGUCGGGCCUGCUGAGUUUUUCCAGCCAUUUCUGUGUUUGUUCCAUAAAACUGGCAUUUGAUAUCUUAUGGGAAGAGAAUUUUACUAGCCAAACGAUAAACAAAAGGCUGAUGUAACCAACAUGGAGUGACGCUCAUGGGGAACAAUGAUCAGGAUUUUGCAGAGCGAAGCUGUCUCAAUUCAAAUAAUUCAAAUUAACAGAUAGUGGGGCGCGCAAGGCCACAAUUUCAUGAUAACUGCUGCCUCCAAGCUUCUUUCUAAACUGUGAGAAUCCAAUUAGAGGGCCAACCCGUGGAAUCAAUCCUUAAGCAUAUUAAGAGAAUGGGGACUUGCUUUACAAAUAAUAUAUAUGUAUGUAUAAAUAACAUCUAAUCUAUAAUUUGAUCUUUUUGAAAAUGAUUGAGCAGCAAAUAAAGAUUAAAAAAAUAAAGCCUAGCUUCUCCAAAAGAAUAUAUGUAAA